GGAUGUACGUUCAUGUUUUUACGGUAUGGCUUUCAAAAAGCCGCCGCCAACUUCUGCGUCUCAUUCUUCUGCUUACUAUCCACGUCCUCUCGACUGUGACUUCAUUCUCGUUGCUGAAUUUUCGGAACAAGAAGGACCCAAGCCGUUGCUAACGAUUCCUGGCGAUGCAGCAGGUGACUGUGACUUUGAUCAAAAUACAUUCGCCGUGCGAAUUAUGGCUGUUGACUAUCAAGCACAGAAUAGAGAAAAUCAUUUUAAGUUUGCUGUGGAUACGCAAGUAGUUCAGUCGGAAGAAGACGAACGAGUGUCUGCUCAUGUUUAUGUUCAUCACUUUACACUGUAUGAUGUCUAUGCACGUGGGUAUGUGAGGCCCUUUUGUAUGUGCUACGUCACUGGAGAUCAACUGAAACUCAUGCUGAACUUUGAGGAUAUACGAAGACAAUUCUCAUAUGUUUCAGAAACGUUACAUGUCACAAAUUUGCGAGUGUUUGAAAGGGAUUUGAAGAAGAGAAUAGCUAAUCUUAAACACUCUGAAAAGUGUUUGCAAGACCAGAUGACUACAAUGUGUCAGCUUCAGAUAAAUGAUACAAACAGUGUUGAUGACGACAGUGAUGAAGUCACUAGGCUCACUAAGACAGGCGAAUAUCUGCAUACCAAAGAAGGCACAGAAGUCAAUGGCAGCUGUAUUGAAACAGAAGAGAUGACAAAUGAAGCAAAUGAUGAUGAUCAAGAUGAUGGUGAUGAAGAAGAUGAUGAAGAUGCAAUAUGGCACCAGGGGUUUAAUGUCAACCAGCACAGACAGACUGAUAUCGGUGAAAUACGAUUUCAACUGGAAUCAGUCAAAUCUAACCUUGAUGACAUGGAGAACAUAGAAAAGAGCCUCAUACAAGAACUAACAAAGGAGUCUGUAGCUUCAAAGUUGCAUAAACUUGAUAGCAAACAGGAUAGACUAGGCCAAAUGCCACGUCAUGAUGUACAACAGCACAAUGAAAGUCAUGUCAAUCCCGUAGCCGAACCUCCAAUGCCCACAUCUCCAUUGCCACUUGGUCCACCAAGAAGGUUUAACAUGUCACUUAGGACUUUGACAGAAUUGUGUGACCACGGCGAAGAAGAGGCUAUGCAGCAACUGAAACAAAUACAUAAGUGUUUUAGUCGCCCGUUAUCAACAGUAUAUGUUGAAAAGCAAGACACUCGAGUGAUGGCUCCACCUUCUAGUUUGCUGACUGUAGGUCGAUGCCCUGUCAUCAACUUCAAACCAAGCGGCGACCACAUGUGCAAGGCAUGCGCAAAGUCAAAAGGCCGACAUCACCCUCAUCUUAAUGAUUCGAAUCACUCUCUGAACAGUGGUAGCAUAUAUCAAUCCUUCGAUGAAGGAGACAAUCAGUUUGCAUUUGACACACGAUACCUGCGAUCAGAAUCACCUUGGUCUGUUUAUCUUGAUGCAGUUGGUGGUCCAAGCAGUGUGGCUGAUGCUCAAAGUGAUACAGCAAGUGUAGCAGGUGAAGAGUAUCAUACAGUGAAACAUGAUAUGUCCGACAGUGGGGAAUCAAAUUUUUCAAGAGCAGAUAAAACAGAACAGAACGAGACGGUGAUACCAGAAAGUAAUGGAAAUGAAACAGACACCACUACAGAUUUCCAUUCCCAUCAAGGUUCGUCUGUUCUGUCAAGAAUUAGUAAGAGUCCUGCCAAUUUAGCACUAACAGGAAAGCAUGGGUUGCCAUUGCAAUGCUACGCUGAUCACAUUGACUACAGUCCAGAGAAAAAGCCAGGAAAAGGCAUUCUUGAUUUUCGUGAUCGUUUUGUUUUCCUUGGUCAUCUCAUCUAUGCUCUCCUACAAGGCAGGACUGUCAUUGUACUAGGACGAGACGAGAGCACGAUAAGAUCGGUUGUUCAGACGCUUUGGCUGUUUGUACCCGGUCACUCGAGCUAUCAGCAAGUUAUACCGUGGCACACAAAACGGCUACAGCUGAAUGACUUAUCUAAAAUGAAGCUCGUUGGUCUGGAGAAGGCGAGGAAAACAAAUCCAUCUCUCUUGCCCUUAUGUGUUAAGCGUUAUGUGACUGUUUUGGAUUAUGAGGUCGGGGAGCUGUGCACACCACCAUACAUGGGUCGUUUUGUUGACUCGAUAGUCAUGCGUCUGAAGCAGUGGAAGAAUGAAGAUGCUUAUAUUGCUCACAUUCACAGCGUGUUUCUAGAAAUAGCCCAAAAAGCAUUUCUCUUUUAUCAUUCAUUUCUCAUGAACCGAUCAGCGAGUGCCUCAAAACGCAUGAGUCCCAUAACAGCACCUGAUGGCUUUACAGGAGGCGACAAGCUGUCUCCAAAGACAGCUACCAGCUACUUAGCAAAACUCGAUGUCAAGGACGGAGAUGCAGACAUCGUGAAGUAUUUUGCUGAAAUAAUUUGCCAGCAACAGAUGGCUGAACACGAAGACCCUGGCCCUCCGUUGAUAAGGUUGGAUCACAGAGCAUGUCAAAAGUAUCAAAAUAGCAAACCUGGAAGGUGGCCACGACCAUAACUCGAGUGCUGAAUUGUGUUAUCCGUAAGCUCAUUUUAUUGAAAUUUGUUUGUUAUAUAUUACUUUGAUCAAAUGAAAUGCUUUACUACAAUUGAAUGAAUAAAUUGUUGAUGAUCUAGUCGACCCAUGACCACUUCUACGUUUCCUAUUAAAGUUGCAAAGUCGCAACGAGGUGCACUGCCGCAUAGUAGACUUACAUGUGAUGACAUAUGGCUGAUGUGGGCAAUCGAGGGGACGUUGGUUAGAUGCUUUGUGCACAAGUAAACACCAUAAAUAUUGCACAGAGCAACCAUAUAUUUUCCU